CCCCGCCGACGGCCCGGGAGGUGCCCAGCCUCCGGCCGGUGCCCACGAGAGGACCAGUGGCCAAAAUGAGAAGGGACGGCCUGGAGGGUAAACCAAGGGAGCAAUACUGCUGAAUGCCAGAGGCAUGUGUGCAUUAGCUGCGGCCACCCAGCACAUUGAAAAUCUCUCUGUCACUGCCAGUGGCUGCCAGGCCUGUAAUAUGGAUUUAGAACUCCAGGAUUCUAACAGGACUCUAACCAAGAAGAACAUCACAACUUCUAAGAGUUUGGAUUUCCCUGUCUGGGAUGACUAUAAAAGCAGCGUAGAUGACAUUCAGUAUUUUUUGAUCGGGCUGUACACGUUUGUAAGUCUCCUUGGUUUUAUGGGAAAUCUACUUAUCCUAAUGGCUCUAAUGAAAAAGCGCAGGGAGAAGACCAUCGUCAACUUCCUUAUCGGAAACUUGGCUUUUUCUGACAUUUUGGUUGUGUUGUUCUGCUCGCCUUUCACGCUGACCUCUAACUUGCUGGAUCACUGGAUGUUUGGUGAGGUCAUGUGCCACAUAAUGCCUUUCCUCCAAUGUGUGUCAGUUUUGGUUUCCACCUUAAUGUUAAUAUCGAUUGCUGUCGUCAGGUACCACAUGAUAAAACAUCCCCUCUCUAAUAAUCUAACAGCCAACCAUGGGUAUUUCUUAAUAAUGACCAUCUGGACACUGGGUUUGGCCCUCUGCUCCCCACUUCCUGUGUUCCACAAGCUUGAAGAACUCCGGGACAACUUUGGCUCCGAGUCUUUAAGCAGCAAAUAUCUGUGUAUCGAGUCAUGGCCGUCCGAUUCCUACAGAAUUGCCUUCACCAUCUCUUUGUUGCUGGUUCAGUAUAUACUGCCUCUGGUUUGUCUGACUGUUAGUCAUACCAGUGUCUGCAGGAGUAUCAGCUGCAAACUGGUCAAAAGAGAGAAAAGAUUAGAAGAGAAUGAGAUGAUAAACUUGUCACUUCAUCCUUCCAAGAACAGCGGGCCUCAGAAGCAACUCUCCGGCAGCAACAGAUGGAAUUACUCUUUCAUCAGAAAAAAGCGAAGGCGGUACAGCAAGAAAUCGGCCUGCGUGGUACCUGCCGCCUUAAGGCCUCCUCAGGAGCCUCAUUCGGGAGCCCGCCCAGAAUCCUCUGGAACGGAAAGAAGUCCUCUCUCCUCUUCCAGUAAAUUCAUCCCAGGGGUGCCCAUAUGUUUUGACGUGAAGCCUGAAGAGAACUCAGAAGUGCGGGAAAUGCCGGCCGCGUCCCGUUCCGUGACCAGAAUUAAGAAGCGGUCUCGGAAGGUCUUCUACAGAUUGACUACUUUGAUAUUAGUGUUCGCCGUCAGUUGGAUGCCUCUUCACCUUUUCCACGUGGUGACGGACUUUAACGCCAACCUCAUUUCUAACAGACAUUUCAGGUUGGUGUUUUGCAUUUGUCACUUGUUGGGUAUGAUGUCCUGUUGCUUGAAUCCCAUUCUAUAUGGUUUCCUUAAUAACGGCAUCAAGGCUGACUUAAUGUCCCUCAUUCACUGCCUCCAGAUAUCGUGAGUCUCAUAGUUCGACAGGGAUGGAAACGGCGCCGUGCCCGGCUCCGGUUCUCGCAGUAGGGCCCGAUUGGAUUGUGCGCGCGCUGGGGCCGCGUCACACGCGGAUUGGGUGCCUGCAAGCCCAGCGGCUCCCUUCCACAUUUCACCACAACCUCCUUGCAGUCUCGCAUGAGUUGCCCAAAAUCUUGACCGGUCCAAGCCUGAGAGCCCUAUUUGGACCAGACCAAACCUGUCUGGGCCUAGAUCGGGUUGGGAUAACCUCCCUAGCAUAGCAACCUUUUUCCUCCUGUCAUUGGAGGUAUCAGCGACUGAGGGCUGGGGAAGGGCACAGGUGCUUUUUAACCCCUGCUCAGUUGUUCUAGGAAACUUCUGGAGCUACACACCCCAGCAUGCCACUAGGACAGUGACCCAUGUGUCAAAACCCUGAGCCACAACGAAGGAAGGCUGGACCCUCUUCUGUUCACCUCAGGUUUGUGACUAAUCUAGCCAUUGGCGCUAAGCAGUCUGGACCGGUCUUUGAUUUCCAGCUUGGGCAGGACUCGGGACUGCUCAGGGAAUAUACUCAGAGAGGACAGGACGAAGUGAGUUUAGCAGGGAGGGUGGGCGCAGGAAUGAUGUUAAAGAAGGAAAGAGGAGGGGACUGGAUCAAUUGAAAAAUGGAAAAUCCACAGAAAACAAAAAGAUCAAGGAUAACAUGCCCUCCCCCCCCCCCCAUCCCAAUCCCCAGCCUCCCAUGCUUUGGACAAGAGGAGCAAGAGGAGCUAGGGGAGUAGCAGGGAAAAGUGGAAAAGGAAGAAGAGAGAAAGUAAGGAAGAAUGAGCAAUAGACAAGGCAAGAAGAAUGGGAAACGUAACUGGAGGGCAUUCUGGGACAGUUACCUCCCUUUUCUGUCCCCUACUUUGCGCUUCUCCCAUUCUCUUUUUGCUUUCUCCUCUUCCUGUUUCCCUAUUUGUCUAUUAAAGAUCUCACCCAGACUCCCUCCUCCUAGGGAACUUUUAAUCUUCCUUCAGCUUUGAAGGAGUAAGUGUGAUAGGAAGGGGCUUCUCGUUUCUGCCUAGCUAUUUUUAUGAAGGUAAGGUGUUAAAAAUAACAGGGGAAACAAGAAGUUUCCAGUGCGUGAGCCUUAUUCUUCUUUCUGUACCACUGGGGAUCCAGACUUGAGCAGUGUUUGGAUGGAAAGAAGGAGGGAAAGAUAAUCGGAAGUAAUUUAUUUUCUGGUUCCAGCCAGAUCAAGAGUUGCAACAAUAACAACAAAGAAAUAAAAAGAAAUGGAAAAGCCCUUCAGGAACCUUCCUUGCCCCUACUCUCUAAAUAAAGGAGACCCAGGGUAUAAUGAGGGAGAGGUGAAUGUUUAAAAACAAACCCCAAACACUCCUUAAACACAAAAAUACAGGGACUCCUCCCCUUCCAAACUAUCACAUUAAUUGAAAUCCAGAGUUAUGUCCUGCACUGAUCGAUGAUGUAGCCUAGGAUUCACCUGGUGUUACAUCCAAUCACAGCAAGACAGUGAAAACCCUCCUCACUCCACUCUGCACCACUGCUUUCCCAUCAGGGAUUUGAAGGUUACCACUUUCUACCCUUCCCACUGCACCCAAUCAAAUAAUCUCAUUUAUUAAGCACAUACUCUGUGCACAUCACUGAACAAAGGACUUG